AAGGUUCAAACUCAACAAAGGCAAGAAAUACCGAUUCGAAAGAGGUUUUCACGGCAUCGGAAUUCCGAUCGAUCAAAGCAAUCGAUCCGAUGGAGCCGCCGCCCUUCCACCACCACCACCACAAUAACAGGUACGCUCCCGUUGCACCUCCAAGGAUUUCCGGCGACCGUAAUUUCUAUCACCACCAUCAACAACACCAACACCAACACCACCACCUCCCACCGCCUCCACCACCACCAGCACCACCACCGACGCAACCUCCUCUCCCCUCUCUUUACCACCAUCACCAGCGUCACGCUUCGCAAUAUCCUUUUCCCAAUUCCCAUCCAAUCAUCGAAGGCGACCCAAGAAGACAACAUCCUUUUGAUGUCGAGCGCCCUCCUAGGGCUCCCGUCUCCGAUCGCAUCGUCUUCGAUCAUCACCGCCAAAAUCCAUUCCCAGAUGAUCAUUCCCAUCUCCCAGAUGCCUGGGACCCACCACCUCCUAGGGUUCCUCCUCAGCUUCCAAGGACUUUCCCUGUUAAUUGGGAGAACGAGCCUCCUCGCAAUCACUUUUCCGCCCACCCUAUGUCUCCCUAUCGAUCUGCAUCUGAUGGGAAUUUUAAUGAUCGGAAGAGAUUCGUUGAUGAUCAAGAAAGUGGCUCUUUUCGUGAGUAUCCGAUCGAUGGGUUUGAGAGGAAUCAGAACGAUGAGAUCUUCUACAAUCAGAGUGAUAAUCGUGUUAGUACUAGUGGUAGUAGUCAUAGUAAUUAUUUCCGUAACCGUAUUUCGUUUGAGAACACUGUGUCGUCUAGGAAUCACGCCCAGUCGGCCGGCAAUCACGGUAUGAAUUUCAAUUUUGAAUCUGAUAAUGGGCGCUCCCGGGAUGGUAGAGGAGCGGGAGAUUGUACAGAUGAAAGGAGGAUAUGGGUUUCGACUAGGCCGAAUUCUAGAGAUGCAGAUACUUUUGUUAAUGGGAUUGAGAUGAGAGAGAAAGAGAUUAUGGGUGAGGAUGACAUUCGAGUUGGCUCGGGGAAACGUUUUCCGUAUAUUACAAAGAUGGGGAAAUUUAAUAACAGGGUUGGCAAUGAGGGUUCCCAAGAGAUUGUUCAUACUCCAAAGAAGAAACCGCAAAAGCUGAGUGCUUUGCAAAGAAUUCAAUUGGGGAAAACCACACCUAGGAAGUUGCACUCUUCUGCUUAUUUUGAUGACUCAAACUCGGGUUCCUUUAGAUCUAAAGGCCCUCUGGUGUUUUCGGAUCACAGAUUGGAAGAAGAAAUAGUAAGCAGUUCUGUUGAACUGGAUGUUUCUUUCAAAUCUAAUUCCCUAGUGGCGAAGCAAGUUGUGGCUCCUUCAAGUCCUGUUGUUGGUUCUAAUGGGUCAAGUACACCUAAGACUAAGAGGAUAAAGAAAGCCAUGACACCUGUUUCAGUUUCAUCAAAUUCACGUCUUACUGAACUUCACGAAGGACCCGUAAGUGGAGAUGGCUCCUCACUUGGUGUGCGUGAUGCCUCAAGUUCUGACAAGGGUCCAAUGCAGUUGGAAGAGAAACAUACAGUUUCUGAUACUGGGGUAAUGGAUGAUGUUGGUUCACAGCCUCGUUCAAGUGGGGUCAAUUUAUCAAUUGGGAAAAGUGCAAAGGAAGGAUUUCCUGGGGCUAUGACUUCAACCAAAGCUACAAUUGAUAUUAAUGUCAGUCAUGAUGGGAGGGGCACAGCAAAGAUUAAGAAGAAGAGGAAAAUCACAGCCUCACGUUCAAGUCUGUCCAGUUCACAGGCAUCUGAAAUCCACAAAGAACCAAUAAAUGCUAAUCAAUCCACCAGUGGUGGAGAUGCUUCCUUGAGUCCUGACAAGGAUAGAAUGUGUCUUCAAGAGAAAUUGAGCAUUUCUACUGUUCAGGAAAUUGAGAAUGUUAAUUUGCAGCCUUGUCCAAAUGCAGCCACUGUAUUGCUUGAAAAGGAUGCAGUUCAAGGAUCUGUUGUUGCUGUGGUUUCAGAAAAGGAGGACAUUAAGGUUGUUUUUGAUGUUGAAGUUGCACCUAAUCUUGAGAAGAUUAUGAAAGACAUGGGCCCUUUCCCAGGUUUGUCAAGUUCACAGGUAUCUGAAAUCCAUGAGGGACCAGUAGACACAAAUAGCUCUCUGCGUGAUGCGGAUUUUAACUUAGAUGCUUCUAAGAAUCUAAGUCAUUUGGAUGGUAGAGGUACAGUUUCCGAUGCUAUGCCUGCAAAUGAUGUUGAUUCGCAUGGUUAUACUGAUGGUUGCACUGCAUUGCUCGAGGGUAGUGUGGUGGAAGUAUCUCCCGAGGUAAGGAUUGAAAUGACAGGUGAUGCCAAUGUUGUUUCAGAUGGGGCAUGUACACAUAAGAGCAGUGAGAAGACAAAAGUCAAGUCACCACCUCCAGCAUGUUUAAGGUCACGAUCAUCUGAAAGUCAUGAAAAACCUGUUAAUGGAGAUAGCUCCAUGGAUUGUGUGGAUGCUGUCUCAAGUUCUGACAAGGUACCUGUUGAUUCAGCAGAGAAAGUUCCAGUUUCAGGGACUGGGACUGUGGGUGAUAUUGGCAAGCAGCUUUGCCCAAAUGUAGUAGGUGUAUCACUUGGAAACAGUCCUGUGAAAGGAUCUCCAGAGGCUACAAAUUCGGUUAUAGGUGUUCAGAAUGUUGAAUCUAAUGCGGCAUCUACUCAUAAAAUUAAAAGGAAGAGAAAAGUUCAGGUAUUGAAAAUUCAUGGAGGUCUUGCUAGAAGAAAGAGUUCCAACAAUAGUGAAGAUCCUACUUCUAGUUUGGACAAUGUUCGAUCACAAUCAAAAGAAAAAUGUACAGUUUCUGAUAUUGGGAGUGUGGGUAAUGCCACUUCGCUGCCUUGUUCAAAUGGCAUUGCUGUUACAGAUGAGAUCAUCACAGUGAAACGAUCUCCAAAAGCUGUGAACUCAGCAAAACGUGUUUUAAAUGUUAAUUCUGAUGGAAUGUGUGUUCCUAAUAUUAAGAGACAGAGGAAAGGCCUAGAUUCACUUCUGGAUUUGUCGAGUUCACAGGCACCUGAUACUCCUGGGGGCCCCAUAAAUACUGGUAGCUCCAUCCAUGAUUCAAAUGCCACCACCGGUUCUGAAAAUGUUCCUGUUUGCUCAGAGCAGAAAGUUGCAGUUUCUUAUAUUGGAUAUGUGGAUGGUGUUGCCUUGAAGCCUUGUCCAAAUGAGGUUUCAGUUUUGCUUGAGCACAGUUUAGUUAAGGAAUCUCCUAUGGAUAUAGACUCUGUUAAAGAAAGUACUAGUGAGAGCAUUACAAAACUUGAGCAUCCUAGUGCUGAUUCUAGUUCUUUUGUUGAGGAGUCAGCUGUUCUGGAUCUGCAAUUCCAGUGUCUGUCAGGUUCCAGAGGUGAGCAUCCAGAUAACGCUAUUCCUUCUGUGUCCAUGUCCAGUUGUCAGGAAUGUCCUCAUCAAGAUAAUAUUUUAGGCAAGGAAAGUGGAAGAGGAAGAGAACUACAAACAGAAAAAGAUGCAUCACAGGUAGAUUGUAUGCUUGGCAGAGAGAACUCCAAAGAUACUUCUGUCUUGCAUCCACAGGUACAGGGGCAACUGGGUGGAGUGUCUUUGGAUAUCCGGACUUCUUGCUUAGAUGACAGUCCAUCCAGUACGGCCAUGGAAGGCAAUGCUUCUAACAAUAUUAUGAAGGAUGAGUGUCUGUCUACAUCUGAUUAUUUGUCUUUAAAUAUUAUUUCUGACCCCAAUGGGGAGCGGAUGGAGUCUGUGCCUGAUAGAAGUUCCAAGAUAGAGUCUCCAGGAUUUUUGUCUACGUUUCCAGAGAUAUGCAUUCUGAAUGCUGAACAGUCACUGACCAACAUAUCCAAUGAAAAUAUUCACUGGGAUAACAAUAAGCCAGAUGAGAAGAUCAUUGUGAAAGAUGCAUCUACCUUAAAUACCCACAAAAUAUGUGUAUUCACACCUGAUGUCAAUAUGAGAUCACAUAAAAAAAUUCAUACUGAUGGAUCCAUUACAGAGAAAAGAGCACCGUUUACAUCACAGGGAACCAGACAAUCACCUAACCCAAAACUGACAGUUGGAGAAUUGAAUGGAAAGAAGAUUUCCGGAACUGCUGGAGUUCCUAGGGCUUUUCAAAGUCGAUCAUCUUUGGUUGCAGGUUCAUUUAAUGAUAAAGCUCCUUCAACUUGCACUGCAAAUUCGCGUACGUGGCAGCGAACUGAUAAUCCUUUUGCUUCCUUGACUGGAAAAAAGUCAAUUUCAAGUGCCAGCCCUUCACAAAGGCAGUCUCCAAAAAAGUUUGGAAAGGUCCAGAGCACUUCUUACAUCCGUAAAGGUAACAGCCUUGUAAGGAAAGGUGCUCCAAAUGCAGCUUUUCCCCAAGGCUCUCAUAAUUUGAGUACAGCUGUUAAUCAGUUGAGUGCUGUGGAUAGAGAUAAAACCAAGAAAGUUACUGCAUCUGAGUGCAAGGGUAACAGUUUUGAUCCUCUGAGUUGUCCAAGAAAGGGAGGAGCAAAUCCUUCUUUUGAGAGUCCAAAAACACCACCAUUACCACAUUCCAGCAAGUCACAAAACUCCACAACAAAAUCAUCACAGGAUUGUGUGUAUCACUCAUUGAACAAUCCUCUUUCAGAAGGUGGUUCAGAAGCUACUUCAGUUUCUACCAAAGUUACUGAAAAUGAGGACGUGUUCAAGCAUGCAAAAACUUCUGAAAAUCAAGCUAGUCUGAGCAACAACUUGGGGAUUCAAAGUACCUUAAAAGAUGGUAAUUCACAGUCCUCCAAGAUGAACAUAGUGUAUGUGAAGCAUAAAUCAAAUCAAUUGGUUGCUGCUUCUAGUCCUGGAAUUCGGGAUCCAUCCUUCAAUGUUCCUGAGAAGACCCAGGCAUUAUCUUCUUCCAUAUCUUCUGAUUGCUACUAUAAAAGGAGCAAGAAUCAACUUGUUCGAAAUGUUCAAAUUCCUGGAAGUCAGGUCAAGCAAUCCGUUGCCGUCAAUGAUGAUAGUUCAAAUUCAGAGGGGCAAAGGGUUUCUACAGUUCCAUCUCUAAAAUGCAGUAGAAGUCUAAGUAAGAGAAGGCCUCAUAAAGGCUUGGGAAAGGCAUGUAAAUCUUCAAAGUUCUCUUGGGUAUGGACAUUACAUGGAACAAAUUCAGAAAAUGAUGACAAGAAAGCGUUGCAAUGUCAAAAGGUAUGGCCAUACAUUUUCCCAUGGAAAAGAAUGGCAUACCGGAAGCAUUGCAGAUAUGAUUCUGUUUCAAUGUCCAAUAGGAGUUCUAGCUCAUUCGUUAGGUAUUUCAGGAAACUGCUGCUUUCAAGGAAGCGGGAUACAGUUUACACAAGAUCAACUGGUGGCUUUUCUCUUCGGAAAUCCAAGGUGCUAAGUAUUGGUGGAUCCAAUCUAAAAUGGUCAAAAUCGAUCGAAAAGCGUUCAAAGAAAGUUAAUGAGGAGGCUACAUUAGCUGUUGUUGCAGCAGAGAGGAAGAAACGAGAACAGAAGGGUGCCUCUGCUAUUGCCAGUGCAAAGAACAGAAAUCAAUCUUCCCGUAAGUCAGGUCAUAGUAUAGAGCUGCGCCCAGGAGAGCGCGUCUUCCGUAUCGGUUUUGUCCGAUACAAGAUGGAUCCAUCAAAACGAACACUUCAGAGGAUUGCAGAUGAGAAAUCAGGUGUUGAUCCCCAGUCAGGAAAGGACACCAGGAAAUCUGUUGUUCCAAGGAGGUUACUGAUUGGCAAUGAUGAAUAUGUCAGAAUUGGAAAUGGCAACCAGCUCAUUAGAGAUCCAAAGAAACUGAUUCGCUUUUUGGCGAGUGAGAAAAUACGAUGGAGUUUGCACACUGCUAGAUUGCGGUUGGCUAGAAAACAACAGUAUUGCCAGUUCUUCACAAGAUUUGGGAAAUGCAACAAGGAUGACGGAAAAUGUCCAUAUAUCCAUGAUCCUUCUAAAGUUGCAGUCUGCACCAAGUUUCUGAAGGGUUUAUGUGACAAUACAGAUUGCAAGUUGACACAUAAGGUUAUUCCAGAAAGGAUGCAGGACUGUUCUUAUUUUUUGCAGGGAUUGUGUACCAAUGAGAAUUGUCCAUAUAGGCAUGUAAAUGUGAACCCAAGCGCUCCAGUUUGUAAAGGAUUCCUCAGGGGAUAUUGUGUUGACGGGGAUGAGUGCCGGAAGAAGCAUAGCUAUGUAUGUCCAGUAUUUGAAGCAACAGGUAUCUGUCCUCAAGGGUCCAUGUGCAAGCUGCACCACCCAAAAAAUCAAAACAAGGACAAGAAAAGGAAAAGGUCAAAGGAUCGGAAAAACAAGAGAGGGCGUUACUUUCGUUCUAGGCUUACUGAUGCUACUAAGAACGGUAGAGUUGCUUCUGACAAGCCGGCUGUACAGAACACUGGAGACAUUUUUUUUCUGGAAGAACGAUUAGUUGAUUAUAUAAGGCUUGAUGUCAGUGAUGAAGAAGCAGGAGAAACUACCAAUGUGUCUGAUAUGCACACAACCUUGUGUGACAGUGAACCCUCCGAGUUAACAUCGGAUGAUCUGGGUGAUCUCAUUAAACCAGUUCGUAUCUUGAAUAGAAACCUGAAAUAACAAAGUUCUUUACUGGAACAGUCCAAAACAGGAGCUGUGUCACAGGGAAUAUAUCAUCUGUUGUAAAUGGUGUAGAACAGGCAAACCAUUUAUUAUCCUUGUAUUUAUUAGCAUGUUAUGAGUACAUAUUGGAGAAAUGAUAUUAGUGCAAUUUUUUGGGGUAUUAAAA